UGUCUGGGGUACACGUAUUUUGAAGUUACGCACGAUUCAUCCAGAUAUUCUCCAGAGGACAACGCUAUACGUAUAUGGCGUCUUCCUACGUUCUCGGGAUCCAUCUCGCACUUGACUCUUACUCUCUUCUUCGUUGAUGAUAAAAAGGACGAGUGCUUGCCUCAACGUAUUCAACAUGACACGAAGAGCUCCCUCCACUUCCCCUCCUAGAAAUGCAAAACGUGCCAAGAUAGAGCAUUUAACUCUUAAUGACUUCAAGGAUGGCGUUUUUCUGGCACCAAUGGUGCGCUCUGGUGCUCCUUGGAAUGUCCGUCUAACGACCGUUUCCAAUGCUACUACUUGUGAGCUCGAGACAGCUCAGAACGCCCAACAGAAAGGUCAGGGAAUUGUUGGCUGCUCUCAUGGCAACUGCUCUUCCCGAAGAGACGCUGGAUUCCUAGGACUCCGGAAGCUAACGCUCUUGUGGGUAAUGUGGCGGACGCUUACGAGGAAGGUUUUUGAAGCAUAUUUUUCCAACAUAAAGGUGCUCGGUGGCUGUCGAGGGGUACCAUGAAUUCGGGACUCUCGAUCCCUCUUUGGGCGGGUGGGUACGUACUUCAGCAUUCAGGGCGGACGGCCUUAGGCGCUAAGUCUCGUUAACCGUUCAAUCUCCACGCCCUAUGUAAUUACCUCUGUUCAUUUCCGCCACUUCGUUUUUCUUGUCCACUUGAGGGUCCUCCCCUUGCCGGAGCAAAGGGGAAAGGAGGCUAUAGUGACUAGUGCAUCGGCACGUAUCCCCGACUCGGCUUUCGGG